UAUCGUGAGCUUUUGGUUUGUCCAUCAUCACUGGACGAGAAGAAAGUUGUAUACGUUGGCGGCUAAGAUUCCAGGACCCAGAGCUUAUCCUCUAAUUGGUAGCGCAUACCUCUUCUUCUCAUUUAAAGAUAUCGCACAAAAUGCCUCGAAGAUCAUGGAGAAAUACGGCUCAAUACUGAAAAUAUGGAUGUUCAAUGCGCUUGUAGUGGUAGUAGCGAAACCCAAACACGUCCAGAUUAUCUUAACGAAGUGUCUGGAGAAAGAGACCCGUUACAAGUUCGCUAAGGAUGCGUUCGGAAACAGCUUGCUUACAGCGCCAGUGGCAACUUGGAGAAGUCAUCGGAAAACCAUUAAUCCGGCUUUUAGUCAACAAAUUUUAGACUCAUUCGUAGACAUAUUCGUUAAGCACAGCCAAAUUUUAGUGCGGAAACUAGAAGAGGAAGUCGACGAUCAAAAGACUUUUGACGUCCACGAACACCUAUCUCGAUGUUCGUUGGAUAUAAUUUGCGAAACAGCCAUGGGAACUACUGUUGAUGCUCAAACAAAGCCAUCCAAACUGUUACAUGCAACUAGAAGGGGCGCCCAAAUCCUGGUGGAAAGAUGCGUGAGGUUGUGGCUACACCCAAAUAUCACCUUUCGACUUAGUCAAAGAGGCAGAGAACUGAAAGAAGUGCUUGAUUACGUCCAAGGUUACACUGGCAAUCUGGUCAGGAAACGUUACGAGGAAUUUCAUAGCAGAAUAGAUGACAAUUUCCGCGAUACUUCCAGGAAACCGUUUUUAGAGCAUCUUCUGUCGCUCGGCGACCAAAUGACAUUUUUAGAAUUGAGAAACGAAGUCGAUCUUUUUAUAACCGCGGGCUCCGACACGGUAACGACGACAACGGGUUACGUUCUCGUGUGUUUGGGAAUGUACCAGCACAUUCAGCAAGAAAUUAUACAGGAAAUAGACGAAAUAUUCGGAAUCUCUACCAGACCAAUAACUCGGGACGAUUUGCCAAAGUUGAAAUACAUGGAACGUGUUAUAAAAGAAACGAUGCGCUUGUAUCCACCGGUUCCUUUGAUAGCUCGAAGUGUUACCGAAGAUAUCGAUUUAGGCGAAUUAAUUUUACCGGCUGGAUGUUCGGUUGUCGUUGGCAUUAUUGGUAUGCACAGAGACCCCGAAACUUGGACCGAUCCUUUGAAAUUUGACCCGGAUAGAUUCACAUCUGAAGAAGCUGCUAAAAGGCACCCCUACAGUUACAUUCCGUUUAGUGGAGGUCCGCGAAAUUGCAUUGGUAUCAAAUUCUCGAUGAUGGCAGUGAAGGUCCUCUUGGCUACGAUUUUGAGAUCGUAUAAAAUACACACCGACAUUAAACCCCAAGAUAUCAAGUUGAGUGUGGAGAUUGUGUCAAAAAUGAUCGGAGGCGCCAAUAUUUCUAUUUCAAAACGGUAACCGAAGG